GUCUGACUUCAGCUUAUUCUGUGCGGUUCAUGCAGGCAGGGCUGCACGAUGCGGGCCAGAUGGCUUGGUAACCUUUUUCUGGUUUUGAGUUUGCUUCCCUCCGAGGUACUAUCAGCAGAACAAUUCCAAGAGCAAUUGACUCUGCGACCACUCCGUGAUGGCAAGCUGGCCGCCCAUUUCUUGUUCACGACCCUCUUAGGAGACGCUACUCCCAGAGAACCGGACAGUCUUUCGACUGACGACGAGUCACAGCACUAUACCCUGUUUCCUCUCGCUCUUGGUCAGAUACUGCGCGAAUAUGCUGUGACUGAGCUUCACCUCACUUUGAAUGCGGGAAACUGGGGCUAUGACCGAUGGGGUUACCCCGAAGAACCCGGAGUCAGUACCGGAGCAGAGCUGUGGGCAUGGAUGGGAGACGGCGCGGCCAUGAGCGUUGAUCAAAGAUGGCAGGGCCUGCGAAAUGCAUUGGCUGGUCUAUUCUGCGCUUCUCUGGGUUCGCUAGAUGAGCAGCGCACCACCUCGCCUGUCAUUACUUUCCAACCGGAGGGCUCGCUACCUAAUUGGACAUAUCCUCACCAGCUUCGCCAUGCAACCCUGCCUUCAGAGCACGUCUGCACUGAGAACUUGACGCCGUUUCUCAAGCUUCUGCCUUGCAAGUCGCUCUCAGGCAUCGCGGCAUUGUUGAAUCCACACCGGCUGUUCGAUGCGGACUGGCAUGGCCUUGGUGUUCAUGUCUUGUAUCGUCAAGAUGCGGGCGUAGAGGUCCGGCUAACAUUCCAGGCUAUUUUGGAUCCUGUCCGUCUGUCUUACGACAGGCGUCGUGAUUGGUCCUUCCGGUCUGUAUUUGAUCGUGCCAUCGACCAAGCAUGUCCGGUUGCGAGAUCAAGUCUUGUACGAGUGAAGCUACCGGUGGAACAGUCCUAUACAAUAGUUCCCGUGCCGACCUCGAUGGACGAUGAGUUUGCUACAUUUGACAUCCGAGGGCCUCUCGAUGUCAGCAUGCAAUGGCCUGAAGAGACAUCUUUUCAAUAUCCUUUGUCCCGGGACACCCCGUCACUAUUACCUUUGUCCAUCCGUCGUACCUUAAAAGCAUCUACACAGUACGAAGCCCAACUCUCCCUCGUGGUCAAAAACAAUCUUCCCACCGAAGUCAAGACAAGCUACCUCGAGGCCAUGCCUUGGCUUCUGCAAUUCUACCUGCACACCUUGCAUGUGGAGUGCGACGGCGUCUCGCGCGACGAUCUUGCAGCGAUUGUCUCGUACAUAGCUCCCGUCCCGCACUCCCGACCUUCUCUGAUGCAAGUCGUGCUGACGCUGCCGCCCAAGAGCACGCUGCAGCUCACGAUGGACGUGUCGAAGCCGUUCCUGCGCUACACGGAGCAUCCGCCAGACGCGCAGCGCGGCUGGGACCUUCCUCCGGCCGUGUUUGUACCAUUCUCCUUUGGGAACAAGUCCAGCGGAGCCCUGGACAGCAGCUUGGCCGUUCCCAAGCGUUCGACGCGGAUUUACACGCCCAUCCUCCUGGUCGACCUCGCCACCCCAGAUUUCAGCAUGCCGUACAAUGUCAUCAUGAUGAGCUGUACUCUUGUGGCACUCAUAUUCGGGAUGGUGUUCAACCUGCUGACCAGGAAGCUCGUGGUGGUACAUGUGGGCGAGGAGCCUCGGAAAUGAUUUGCAUCCUGCUGGCGAAGCAUGUGCAUAGCAGCAGCUCACCUAUUUACUUUCGCCAUGCUUUCUCUCGAUCGAAGUGGUGGAUAACAUCUAGUGGUAGGAUCCGAUGCUCUCCCCCAUUCAAACGCGGAUCAUGCACGGCAGGCGCUGCAAGGCAGCUGACCAUCGGAGGUAGAACGUGGGUUAAGUUUUUAUACAUCGACCUGGCGCUCCGAUUUGACUAAGUCAGGCACUGGAGCUACCAUGACAAGUCAGACCCUCUACUACGGUACGCCUCGAAUACGAAGUGCUCUUCCUUUCCUUUCUCUCGGAGGUAAGGAAUCCUCUGCCCCGGCCCUUACGAGAGCCGAUCCUACUUUCCAUGGUCCUUCAACACCAGCGCGCAUGCAAUUGAUAGCCUCCUGUGCUGUAUCGACUCGCAUUGGCAUGGCCAUGCGACAUAUUUGAGUCGGUCUUUGCAAG